AUUCUUUUCUCCCUUCCCCCCCUCUCUCUUACACCCUCCCUUCUCCGUUGUAUAGUCCCAUUCUACUCUCUUCCACUGUUUCUCCUUCAAGGGUAUGAGACUCUGAGAUACGCUUCUUUGACUGUCUCAGCUUUCUUUAUUGAUACCGGUGCCGUGAUAACGUGUGUUGAAACACUGGUUCUAAUUUCACCGCUGAGUGGCACCCCUUGCAACCUUGGAUUUCCUGACAUUCCCUUUUUUCACCCCGAAUCAUGACCGUCGCGAUCCCUCUCAUCUGGAUCACUGCAAUCAUCGUCCUCGCAUUUACGGUGAUCGCUGCAUCCGUCUUUGUUAAAAUCUACCAAGAUCGUCACGAUCGCGACGCUUUCGUGACCGUGGUCUGCGUUCUAUCCCUCACCUCUCUCCUUGCGACCGUUUGCCUUCUGCCUGUCGAUAUUGCUCUCGUCUCCGGUACCACAAACAAUGCCACGGGCCUCAAGAAGGACUGGGCGGGUCCGGAAACUGUCGCGCAUAUUAUUCUGGGCUUGAAGAUUGUCUACUACCUACUCUAUUCACUUGAUGUGAUUAUGUGUCUUCUUGUCAUCCCCUUUGCCUAUUUCUGGUACGAGGAAUGGGAUGUCGAUGCUACCACGAGCGGAAGGAUCAAGGGGGCUAUGAAAUAUAGCUUCUGCUUCCUCAUGUUAGUAAUAAUUUUACUUGUGGUAGGAUUCUUUCUUCCUGUCGCACGGGAGACAAAGGGGCAUUUGGACCUCGAUUACUUCAAGAAGUUGCUCCUGGAAAAUCACGGAGAACGCGCGUUGACAUUCAUCACUGGAACCUUGCUAUGCCUCGGAAUUGUUCCCUACGUUUUCUACACAGCUCCUGGACUUGCCCUUACGCCCCAACUUCUCAUUAGAUCUAUACGCGGUGCAUCCCUUCCAUCAAUCUCAGCUUCGGCGCACCAAGAUUUGCUCUUGAAUCGCGAGAGGCAGAGGAUUAUCGAGGCAAGAUACGCCGGCGGACCUAGCUCUAGGUUUACCGCCAAAGAUAGACGCGAGUUAGAAGGCCUACAGCGUGAAGAGAGAAGUCUUGUGCGCAGACAGAGAGUUGCCGAAGAAGGUACCCAUGGUACACGGAAAUGGCUUGGGAAGCUACAGGCUAUUGGGAGGCCUUUCGAGAUCCUCCUUGGGAUCUUGGUCCUUCUGUUGUCGAUCUCGAUAUUCAUCUCAAUGUUGAUGACCUCGAUUGACAAAUCCAAGAACUCUGUGUGUGGGAAAAGCUGCGGAUACAUACUUGCCAAGAUGAACAUCCCGAACCCUAUCAAUUGGCUGUUUGUUGCUACUAGCAAAGUAUUUCCCAUCGACUAUAUCCUAGCUUUGAUUCUUGUCUUGGACCUAUUUAUUGCCAGCGUUGUAGGAACGGCAUUCGUUGGAAUCAGGUUCUUGUGGGUAUCAAUAUUUCGGAUCAGGCCUGGCCAUACGAAGCCACAAGGUCUGUUGAUGGCAACAGUCAUUUUAACCCUCACAGUUUUGGCUGCCAAUUACUCGAUUACCAUGAUCAUUGCCCCACAGUACGCCCACUACGGUGGACAAAAGUUCUGCAAUAAGACUAUACUGGAAACUGGCACUGGGCCUCAAGACAUCUGCACACCAACUUUCGUCUCAACAUUCCUUAACCGUGUCACGCUCAACUUUCCCUACUUUGGCGCAUUCGCCUUCUGGUCGCAAUUCGCUUUCCUAGGUGUUUACCUCAUCACCCUCCUUACAGGUCUUGUCAGGCCCCCGAAAUCUGGAAACAGGGAGGCCGAAGAUGAAGAUGCUGAGAAUGACGAAGAUGAGAGCCUUCUCACUGGUGCCGGCCGCAGAGUUAAUGCUGCUUGGGAGGAUAUUAGAGGACAGACUGGCGAGCGCAGGAAUUAUGGCACCGAUGCCAGAGUUAGAGGUGGAGAUGACGCAUAAUAUACUUUCGUUUUGGGGACUAGAAUGGGGUUUGCGAAUUUUGGAGUCAUAUGGUUGGAUAGGGUUUGUUUUUAUUUAUUUUUCCGUCAUAGUCUAGGGUUUCUUUUUUUCUUCUGUUCUAGCUUUAUGGUAUCCUAUACCACCGUCGUGCAAAUUCGUUGGAGGGUGGAUUGGGUGCGUGAAUGGAAAUAGUUGAGUUAUUAAAUACGGUACUGGAAUUG